ACGAAUGUCCUUGUGAUGAGAACGUACAUGUACAUGUACAUGUAAUCGACUGUUGCAUAGCUUUGCUCAUAGACAGGUCCUUGCAUUAUGUGAUCCUACCUCCAUGCUUUAUACUUUGCUAAAAGGUAUUCUUUUUUUAUCAUCAAGGAAAUCGAACACGACAGUCUUCACUAUAUCACCCGGACACGAAAACCCCAACAAGAAAUAUUUUCAACGUUUACAUUGCACUGUAUGUUGGCAACACGUGGUGCGGUGUCUCCGUGUGAGACUACGGCAUGCACAAGUAUCAAACACUGGCUACGGCUCUCCAACGCUGCCUCAAACGCUUGAUCAAACUCGAAACCAUAGUCGUAGGAGACAAUACUGGAUUAUGGUUACCCCUGUCAUGCGCCGUCCCAUACAAUCACACAGGCAGUGCUGGGUGAAGAAGCAAGAUGGCUUCAGAUGCAUAGCAUCGGAAUCCUGACUGUGAUAACAAAAGGCCAUUGGCAAUUGCUUAUUUGGUUCGGGUCCUUGACCUCUCUUUGGAAACCCUAUCUCACGAGUCAAUGAUGCUAGGCCUUGUCGACUGUGGAAGCUGGCUGGUGUUUUUGGCAUACAUCACACUUUUUGUCAACAACAAUCUGUUGAUAGUGCUCACUAAAGAUGAACAAGAUGGUUACAGCUACAGUACAGUCCUGGUGACUUUGCUGAUUGAGCUCUUCAAACUUAUGGUUGCUGUUAUCUUCUACUGCCUCAAGUAUUCAUUUGCUAAACUGAUCACAGAUCUGCAAUCAAACAACUCAGGUUUUGCCUUCUACCUUCUUCCAUCAGCCCUGUACUCUGUUUUCAAUAAUCUGGCAUUUCUGAAUCUUGCCUACUUUGACCCUACGACCUACGCAGUACUUCUCCAGUUCAGCAUUGUUGUAACUGGUGUCUUGUAUCAGUACAUGUUCAAGAGAGAUCUAACCUGGUUGCAGUGGAUCUCCCUGCUUGUCUUGACCUCUGGUUGCAUCCUGACACACUUCAAGGAAUCUAAGGAGGUCCUCUUCAAACUGAGGGACGUAUUCAUCCUCCUCCAGGUCCUGUGCUCUUCCUUUGCCAGCGUCUACAAUGAGUACCUCCUGAAGAGCUACAGCAGUCAGGUGGACUUCUGGCUCCAAAGCGUUUUCAUGUACACCGACACCAGCCUCUGCAGCGUGGCCUUGAUGAUUGCCAUGGGCAGACUAAGCCCAGCCAUGCUGACUACAUCCAGCAUGAGGUCCAUGUUUCAGCCGAUGGUCAUCCUCAUAGUUACCAACAAUGUGACAGCGGGUUUGGUAACCGGUGUAUUUCUCCACAAGUUGAACUCCGUCUUGAAGAAGUUUGCGGUCGCCAUAGAGAUGAUUAUUAUUGCAGUCUUGAGCAAGUUCCUCCUAGGAACAGCUGUCGAGAUCUCAACAGCCAUAUCUGUCUUACUAGUUUCACUGUCAAUCAUUCUUUACUCUCUGAACCCCUUGGGAAGUGAGAGAGAAAAGGUUGUUAGGCCAGACUUGAAGUGUUCAAAUGGUGUGGGCUAUUAGCAUUGCAGUGAAGUCCAGUCUAGUUGGUAACUUCCAGUUUGGCAUUGCCAUGUAACUGGAAACAGUGUAUGUCCAGUGUCCCAAGGUUUUAUUUACACCCGUAAUAAUGCAUUCUGACAAUAGUGUUCUUUUACUUCAACUUUUCUUUCAUUUUUUAAAAAAUCAAAUGCUGUGGAUUUGGCUUGUCCUUUUUAUGUACAGUUUUGCUCUUUCUCAAGUUUCAAAAGACAGAGAAAAUACUAUUAUUGAAUUUGACUCUGAUUAGAAUCAGGUCAGACAAAAGAAAUAUAAAUGAAAACAAAGCUGUUACAAAUAUUACGGUGUAAUUUUCAAAAUGUGAUUGGGUUAUUUCUCAACAUUAGACAUGUCAGAUGAGUUGUCAUGUCGACUAUUGUAGGGGAAGGUAGAUGUAGUUGAAUAAUAAAAUUCAGCAUUGCAUCAAUGUUUUCAUUAUUUGUAAACAACAGCAAACAGUAGACUUAAAUUAUAAUGGCAUCGCACUGUGUUUCAAUGUACAUGUACAGUUUCCUACUGGACUGUAUGCAUCUAGUCCCACAUCGUUGCCAUAGGAAAACGCACAUGUAAACAAAGCAUGGCGUUAAGUCUGUUUGAUAAAUCUUGCUAUGCAAAACUCAACCUAUCAUCUUUCUGAACAUUAAAAGUAGCUGACAUGUGCAUCACAAAAUAUAAAUAGCAAUUUUAACACUGGUGCCUGUUCUAAUUGCAAUCUCAGUCUUUCAUUU